AUGCAGCGCAGCAUUCCGUUGGAGUAUAACGACUCUCAAAAGUACAUUCGGACCUGCUACGGACCGCUCAUUGAGCAAUGGCAGAUGGACUUCGCGCAGUCGCAAGAUGCCAGGCCUACCCAAGUGAAGCUGGAUGCUCGUCCCUCCGGACAGCCGCUGCAACAGCAGUACACCAGAAUCGACUUUGAUGAGAACCACGUUGCCGAGGAGCUCGGUGGUGCAUAUGGUUAUCUGAAGAAGUCGACGAUGGAUACUACUGGAGCACAGGACGACAAUGUCUUUGAUGGAGGGGGAUCUGUUCCCGAGCAGCUCGUUGGCAGUGACCCCUUCAAAGAAGAGAUGAAGUGUAUACGGCCAGUGUGGAUGGACGGCAUUUCGGCCCACAUAUACGGCUGGACCGUACUGACAGUCAUCCCUUUGUUUCAUGUUGAUCCUACGAUGCAGCUGCAGUGUUCGUUCAACAUCAAAGCAUUUUACGUGGACCUAUUUAGCCAAUGGGGGCUCUUCAAGAAGCAGCAAAGCCCAGUGGACAAAGCCAUUCAUCCGGACGAUCUCACUUCAUCAUGGAACGGAUUCGUCAUUGCUUUCAAGCGAUCACCGUCGAAUUGGAUCGAGAUGAGCUUCAAUACAGCUCGCAAGAAGUUCAUUAAGAGCACAAUGCUCGGCCAUGUCAUGGAUCCACGCACCCCCAGCGACCCAAAGCUACCAUCGGAGCUAGACGCGGCUAUCCAACGGUUGAAGGAGCACCUUGUAAAGAAGCGGCUGUCCAAGAUUGAAGAAGAAUCUGAGGAGACCAAAGAAGAAGCUAUUUUGAACCCCACGUACGAAGAGCAGCUACUCAACGAGAUAGCCAGGCUGCGUGGUCAAUUAGAUGUUUCGGUCAAACGAAAAAAUCAAAUAGUUCUUCUGUCUGGUAUCACUGUUUGA